AUGACGACACGCAGAGCCACAGCUAUCAAAGACUUAGAAGACAAGCUGAGAGCCACCCUGAAGGAUCUGGAGUCCUCCAAAAAACUUUGCAACCAGCUGCUGCAGGAGAGGGAAGACAGCGAGGUGGAAGUUAAGAACGUUGUUGACAAAAACACUGUUUUGAAGAAUGACCUGGCUGAGCUGCAUAUCCAGCACAUGGACCUCCUCGACCAACACAACCACCUUCAGCAAACGGUGUCAUCAUUACAUGAAUGCAGUGAAACGCACCAUCUUACAUUGAAGCGUAUAACUGAUUUAGAGCUGGAGUUAUGUGAGGCCUACAAGACAAUAUCUUUGUACGAGUCUGCCAAAGCUAGGGAUCAGACAUCCGAGACCCUCAACCUGUUCACUGAGUUGUGCAGAGCUACCUAUGACCUGGACAUACAGCAGUUACACGACCAGCUAACCGUCAAAGAAAAAUUGCUUUCAUACAUCUUCAGUAAAUAUGAGGAUUGUCAAAAGGAACUAAGUGCCCGCUUGCAGCAGGCCGGUGAGCUAGUGGACCUGGUGAAAUAUAGUGCAGAGAAGUAUGAAGCAUUGGUAAACAAUCUCUCCUCCAACUGUACACAACCUGACACACUGCCUGAACCCCGGCUUGCAGCUAAUCUGCCAGAACCCCCUCAGUCCGUUGAGGGCUCCUCUAACAUCAAGCAAUUUAAUUCAAUUUUAUUCACAGACAGGUUUGGUAAAGAAGAUGUGCAAGAAGUAGCGAGCACAGGUAGUUCUAAAUACGCCACACUACAGCGCGGCGACGCUGACGGAGUGUCCUCCGCGUGUCGCGCCGAGCACUCUCCACCGGCACCCCGCCCCGCGCCCCCCGCCCCUCGCACCCUCUACCCGGUGCUUAGCAUUUGUAAUAGGCGAUGGUCACAAGCUCAACCUGUGUCCGGUGGCUCAGUAAGCGUGCGUUGUGUUGCAGGUCCGCCCGGGCCGCCCGGCAAGCGCGGCAAGAAGGGCAAGAAGGGCGACCCCGGAGAGCCCGGACCGCCGGGGUUAACGGGAGCUCCUGGGAAGAAUGGAUUCCCGGGUAGCAAGGGCGAGAAGGGCGAGCGAGGCUUCAUGGGGCCCAUCGGAUUGGAUGGACCUAAGGGAGACCCGGGCCGGCCCGGGGACAAGGGCCACAAGGGCGAGCACGGCAGCCCCGGCUUCGACGUCUUCUCCGCCGUCAAGGGCGUGAAAAGAUCCGUGGACAGUUUUAAGAUAAGUCCGUACACGAGCGCCGAGAUCAUAGCCGUCAAGGGGCUGCAGGCGGCCGGACACAACAUCUCCGCGCACACCGUCAUACAGCUGAAGGGCGAGCCUGGUGAGCCAGGGCCACCAGGCGCCCCGGGGCCACAGGGCGCUGAGGGGUUGCCGGGACACGAGGGACGAGCGGGCCCGCCCGGGCCCACGGGCCCUCCGGGACCUGUUGGGCCAGUGGGCCCCCCCGGCUUGGUGGGCCCACCCGGCUCACUCGGCCCCGCCGGACUCAAGGGCGAUAAAGGCGACAAGGGCGAGCGCGGCUUCACGACGACGCUGAAGGGCGACGCGUUCCCGACCGGCAUCAUCGAGGGCCCCCCCGGGCCCCCCGGGCCCCCUGGUCGCGGCGGCGAGGCGGGGCCGCGCGGGCCGCCCGGCGCCGACGGCGCGCCCGGCCUGCCCGGCGUGCAGGGCCCGCCCGGCAAGCCGGGCGAGAUGGGCCCCAAGGGCUCCAAGGGCGAGUACGGCGACAUGGGCUCGCCCGGCAUGCUGGGAGCGCCGGGCCUGCCUGGCCCGCCCGGCUACCCGGGCCUCAAAGGAGAGAAGGGGGACAAAGGCGACUCGAAGUACAGGAAGCUGAGGAGACGCCAGGGCGAUGGCACCGGCUACGAGCUGUACGGACAUGAAGUUAUGAUGGGCCCCCCGGGCGCGCCGGGCCCCGCCGGGCCGCCGGGCGUGGCGGGCCCCCCCGGCAUCAAGGGCGACAAGGGCGAGCCGGGCGCGCGCGGCAAAGCGGGUGAAAAGGGAGAAAAAGGUGAUGCUGGUCCGAUGGGGUUACCGGGUCCAGUAGGACUGCCGGGGGAGCCGGGCCGGACCGGCGACUCGGGACCUAGAGGGCCGCCCGGACUCGACGGCAUGAAGGGCGCGCAAGGCGAGCCGGGCUCCAAGGGCGAGCGCGGCGACCCCGGACUGCCAGGAACGGACGGCAUUCCCGGACAAGAGGGUCCCAAAGGUGACAAGGGCUACAAAGGAGAACCCGGUCCGGUCGGCAAGCGCGGGCGCAAGGGCGACAAGGGCGACAAGGGCGAGCAGGGCGUGCCCGGGCUGGACGCGCCGUGCCCGCUCGGGCCCGACGGCCUGCCGCUGCCCGGCUGCGGCUGGAGACCCACCAAGGAGGCGCCGGCGGUGGCGCGCGAGGAGGCGGCGCGCGCGCCCGACGACUCGGAGGAGGAGGAGGGCGCGGAGGGCGGCGACGAGUACGACCGCGACGACGAGCUGGACGCGCCGCGCGACUACGACGACUACACCGACAACGCGCACCACUCGCACCACCACGACUGACCCGCGCCGCCUCAUGAUCUCAACCUCACCCGACCUCAGCUGUGCUCCGGCUUGUGCCAAAUACGUCAUCAAUGCCAUAUCAUUUCAUGUCUUAUUUUGUACAAGUCUUGCCAGAUUAUUGUAUAAACCAUUUCAUGCAUCUCCUCUCUCUCCUUUGUCCAAUCACUGUUCUCCCUAUCCACCCCUUCCUCAGAUGAGUGAACAGACUAACACUACUAAUUAAUUGAAGCAUUGGUGGUGGCUUACCUGGGUGACCUCGUGAGGCCGUGCUGCAGUGGGUGCGGCGCCGCCUCGACGUCGACAACGACCUGCCGCCGCUGUGAGCCGCCGCCGCGCCGCGCCUCGCGCGCGUCUCGCGCAACACAACUAUUCAUAUUUAUAAGCCCUUGUGAUUUUGCCUAUUUCACGGUUGUCAUCCGGAUAUUCUUAAAUAUUUUGUUGAUAAUUAUUUCGCAGCCGAUUAGUUAAAAUAGUCGUCCUAUCAAGCAGCUAGCUGUUUGAUUGAACGGUUAUAUCAACCAGCUGGCUGUGACUCUUAUAGAGAAUGUCCCAAAAGCCAACGAUAGCCUGGUACUGCACGAAAGGCCAAACUAUAUCUGAAAAAAUAUUUUUUAAGUAGUGAAAUUACUCGGGUAAAUUACAUACGAAUCUACAUUAAUUUAUGGUGGAAUGGCAUUAUUUAUUUAUUUUAUUUAUUCCUUUAUUUCAGGCAACUAAGGCCCAUAAAAAAUUCAAUACAAAAAUAUAAAAAAUACUUAUAAACUAAUACAUAUGCUUACUUAUAACAAUAAAUAC